AUGUUCGCGUCGCAUACCCAAGGCGGUUCCUGGCUUAGGGCUGGAGCCAUUGGCACCUUGCUCUUUGCUGCUGCAUCGGGAAGUCCAAUCGUCGGCAACAGCUCUCUGGUUGUUCAUAUCCCAUCGUACGGAUCCUAUGUCGGAAAGACUCUAUUUAACACUACGUCCGGUUACCCGCUUGCGAGUCCGGUGGACGUAUGGUAUGGCAUCGACUACGCAGAACAACCCAUCGGCGACCUUCGUUUUGCUCCGGUCGGCUGGCCAUCUUCCUCGAACGGAACAAAGGACGCCACGUCGUAUGGUAAAGUCUGCAUACAAGAGCCUGGAAACUCAAACUUGGUCACGUUUAUCACGACCGCACUGGAGUACGGCGAGGACUGCCUCAACCUCAAUGUCUACAGGCCGACGGGCGUGAGCGCUGAUGAGAAGUUACCCGUUUUGGUUUGGAUUCAUGGCGGCCUUUUCCGCAACGGCGCUGGCAUCACCUUUGACGGAGCUUCACUCGCUGCCUCCUCUCCAGAACCACUGAUUGUCCUGGCCGCUCUGGGCUUCCUAGCAAACCCCGUCCUCUCAGACCUCGGCAACGUCAACCUCGGUCUCCAGGAUCAACACCAGCUUCUCCGCUUCGUCCAUCGGUACAUCUCCGCAUUUGGAGGUGACCCCGAACGCGUCACUCUGGGGGGCAAGUCAGCAGGCGCUCACUCUGUGGGCUUUCACUACCAGAAUACCUUCACUCCUGGCGAAGAGCUAUUUCAGCAGGCAAUCUUCCAGUCUGGCGGUCCAACGGGACGGUCGUUUCCCAGCGCUUCGGACCCGUUAACGGUUAGGCAGUUUGAGCAGUAUGUGAGCGGAGUUGGUUGUCAGAGUAAUGAAACCGCUGAGAAUUUGCUUUCGUGCUUGAGAGCCGUGGAUGUUGAAGUGCUUGAGGAGACGGCGACUGCUUUGCUAGCGGCGUAUCGAUACAACGGCACCCAUCCUUUCCAGCCUGUGUCUGAUGCUGUCAUCAUUCCGCGUCUCCCGUCCGAAACCUGGGACUCUAACACAUGGAACCACCUGCCGGCGCUGACAUCGUUCAUCACCGACGAGGGCAGUCUGUACGCUCCCACCAACCUGACCACGGACGAUGAAGCAUGGGGAUGGCUCUCCAAUCUCUAUCCCGGGCUCAACGAAAGCGAUAGAGAGGUCUUCUCCCGGCUGUAUCCGGAUCCCGAGACCGAUCCUGCAAGCCCUUUUGCAGACUCCCGGGGCCAAUCUGCUCAGUUCACCCGACUCACUGCGGUUUACGGCGAAACGUCCUACAUCAGCGCCUCUCAGGAGAUUGCGACGCGUCUGUCUGCCGCAGAAGUUCCCGUAUGGAAACUGCACUGGAACACCAACAACAGCGUGGCCUCAUACCUCGGGAUCUCGCAUGGCUCUGACGUUCCGUAUGCCUGGGCCGAGCCGGAUACGCAAUACCCGCAAGCUGGGACCAUUCUAUCUAGAUUCUACGCCAGCUUUGUUGUUAGUGGUGACCCGAAUAAGUUCAAAGCUGCAGGCGCCGCUGAGUGGAAGAAGUACCUUGAACCAGGCUCAGACGGUCUGGGGUGGCAGGUGAACGUGAGUAAGAAUGAGACAUGGCUCGAGAAGGAUGAUAUUCGAAGGGAGGCCAUCGAGUACUGGAGAUCCAUCCCGGAGAAGCUGGAUCAUUAG